AUGGCCACGACAACAACAACCACGAUGACAACCGUCUCCCCAACAGAACAUAAAUCCUUCUCCUCACACAUCACAUCCCUCCUUAAAUUCCUCUCUUCCUUCCAAGGAGACCUCGCCAACGCAACGGGGCCCCCGUCUUUCCUCGCCCCUGUCUCCGUCACAGAAGUCGGCUGCUGCUGGGCACAGUACCCGCGUCUCUUCUCCGCUGCAGCGUUUGAGCCUGCCCCUGAGAAGAGGGCACUGCACGUGCUGAGGUGGUUUCUGAGUUCGCUAAGGACGCAGCUAUACACGGGCAUUGAGUUCGACAAAAUCAGAAAUGGAAAUGGCAAGAACACAACACGCGGACACUCCAUCCGCAAACCGUUAAACGCCUUUUUGGGCGAAGUUUUCCUCGCUGAAUGGAAGGACGACAGAGCUGGCGCCAAGACCAGGUUGGUUUCCGAACAAGUCAGCCACCACCCGCCCAUCACAGCCAUGCACAUCUCGGACGAAUCAGCCGGCGUCCGCGCCGAUGGCUAUGCCCGCGUGGAGAUGACGUUCAACGGCGCCGUGCAUGUCAACCAGGUCGGUCACGCUAUCUACCGGGUCGAUAGGUAUAACGAAGAGUAUCUCGUCCCCUUGCCUGAUGUGAAAGUCAAGGGGUUUUUGUCUGGCUGCUUGUACCCCGAAAUCACUGGGACAUAUCACAUCCUAGGAAUCAACGGGUUUGCGGCAGAGAUCAAAUUCUGGGGGGAGAGCGUGCUGAGCAGGGCGAAGAGGAACUCGUUUGAGGCGAAGAUAUAUCGGAAGGGGGAUUCGAAGAAGACGGCGAUCUACACUGUGGUUGGGUGUUGGAGUGAAGGGGGAUGGACGGUCAAGGAUGCCAAGACGGGACAGGUGAUUGAGAAGUUUGAUCUCGAUGCGCCGGAGAACCAGGCAAUACCGAUCACAUUGCUUCCCGUCGAGGAGCAGGAUGAGUGGGAGUCGCGACGGGCAUGGGCUGGUGUAAUUGAGGGGUUGAAGACGGGCAACUUGUCGCAGGUUGUCGAGGAGAAAUCAAAGCUGGAGCAGGCGCAGCGGCAGAUGAGGGCCAUGGAGGCAGUUAGAGGCGUUACGUGGGAGCCACUGUUCUUUAGGUCUUGCUCUGGCGAAGAGCAUGAGGUGUUCAGGAGGAUGGUGAAGGAGUGGGGGCUGGAGAGGGAAUGGAAGUUGGAGGGGGAAAGGACGAAGGGGGUUUGGAGGGUAAAUGAAGAGGCCGUCAAGGGGUUGAAGAGACCAUUUAGGAAAGGGGUAUCUCCGACGGGCUAUCAUGAGACGUCAUGA